AUGCCUGUUGUUUUAGCGUAUUGGGCCAUCAGAGGCCUUGCCCAGCCUGUCCGCCUUCUCAUGGAAUAUGCAGGAAUGGAAUAUGAAGACAGGAAAUAUGUAGUUGGACCAGGAUAUAAUCGUGACGCCUGGACAAGUGUUAAGGAUACUCUGGGACUCGAUUUCCCAAACUUGCCGUAUUUGAUUGAUGGAGACAUUAAAAUAACACAGAGCAAUGCUGUGUUGAGAUAUCUUGCAAGAAAAGCCAAUCUAUUAGGAAAUUCUGAGAAAGAAAUGGUGAAAGUUGACAUUAUGGCUGAACAGUCAAUGGAUCUUAACUAUAUGGUUCGUCAUUUCUACAAUCCUAAAUGGGAAGAAAUGAAGAAAGACUUUUUAAAGACCAUUGAUGAGAUGCUUGCAGCUUUUUCAAAAUUUCUUGGUGAUAACGACUGGUAUACAGGAGGAAAUAUCACAUUCGUUGAUUUCGUCAUGUACGAAUUAGUUGACCAACUUCUUUGCGUAGAUCCCAAAGUUUUGGAUAAAUACAACAACUUGAAGGCAUUCCAGGGACGUUUUGAGGCAUUGCCAAAGAUUGCCGCUUAUAUGAAGUCAGAGCGCUUUAUGAAACGCCCAAUAAAUAAUACAAUGGCUUCUUUUGGAGCAAAUUAA